AUGGCCUCCAUGCAGGACGGGCUGAACUUCACGGCUCCUCCCUACGGCAAGGUCCUGCUGCUGGGCGCCAUCGCCGCCGCCUCGGCCUUCGUGGUCACGAUCCUCAUUGUGGUGCUCUGCGUGGGCUGCCAGAGGAAGGGAAAGACGCACAAUGUCCCCAGUGAGAGUGGGAAACACCGUCUCAUGGACAUGGGUAUACUCAGGCAGUCCAAGCUGCGGUCCAUCAAAAGUUCGACAAACGGUCGAGAUUCAAACAUGGACCUGGCGGAGGCGUCCAAAACCAGUAGGGACUUUUCUGCCGGUCUAACUGUGAUCCUUCGCUCUCAAGGCAGGCAGCUUCCCCAGAUUCCCUCUGGGACUGGAGAGGACGGAGAGCACACUUACUCCGAAGUGGGCCGAAGCUCCUCCGCCACGCGAACUGACGACGCACUCUAUGCCAUGGUAGGCAGGGCCGGGCAGACGGACACUCCGGCCCCUCCGGCCGUCCCCGCCAACACCCCGGCGCCGCCCGACCCCGACGGGGACGCGGAAGUGGGACUGGCCGAAGCCGACGCCCAGGUUUUGUCCGCGCCUCACCCCCCGGAGACGGCGGAGUACGCCUGCGUCAGGAAGCUGAGGAAGGCCGACAAGGCGCCCCAGAAGAGGGACAGCGGCACGGACACGGGGGACCCGCCGGCGCCGCCGCCGAGACACCCCCCGCCCUCUCACCCGGCCCCUCCGCCGCCGCAUCCUCACAGCACGAAGCUGCCCCGCAGAAACGUGGACGCCUUUAACGUACCCUCGUUCCCCAAGGAAGUGAUGUUUAUGGGCAACGGCGAGCAGUACAUCUGGAAGCCUCCGGAGGACGAAGAUGUCCUCAUGCUCCACAAUAAGACCCUGGGCCCCCUGGGCCCCCUGGGGGCGCACACCACGGAGAACAUCCAACCUUCUGCUGCAGUGGUGGCCGAGAUGUAUUCAAAGGUGUGUAAGCCCGCCAAGAAGAAAAGAGCUGUUCCCGGAUCACCCCCGUCCAAUCCCGGUUUCAGGACCUUGGGUCGUGCCGAGCGGGAUCGGGACCGGGACCGAGACGGGGGCUUUAGCGUUGUGGUCAAACCCCAAACGUGGGCCCCCCAGGAGGGCAAAGCCCCCGCGGGCUCCCUGGACGACCACUGCUACGAGUCCUUCGGGACGGAGGAGUGCGAGCCGGCCUACGAGAACCUGGAAGGCGGGGGCGGCUGGAGACGAGAGCGAGCCCCCAACACGUGCGCCACCUUGCGGCCGAGGAGGAAGAAGGCCCAGCAGCCCUUGCAGCAGCAGCAACCUCCUCCGCCGCCGCCCACGCAACACAACCCCAAGUUACAGCACCUGCCCGCCAAAGCGCUGCUGCUGCCCGGGGAGAGCCUGUACGAGAGCAUCGGCGACCUGAAGCAGGGCUCCACCACCUCCAGCACCACCACCAUCUUCACCUUCAACGACGGCAUGGAGAUGUACGUCACGGGGCUCUGA